UGCCACAAUUGUGGUGCAACCGUAACGCCUCUUUGGCGUCGAUCUGCUAACAAUGAACCCCUUUGUAAUGCUUGCGGACUUUACCACAAGCUUCAUGCUUCGCAUCGUCCAAAGCAUCUGCAGCACUCUAUGGGCCAUGCUGGUGCUGGCGGAAAGGCUAAGUACGGACCUAAAUCUUUGGCUCCUCAGCCCAUGUGUACCAAUUGUAAGACGACAUUGACACCUCUCUGGCGCAAGGAUGAUGCGGGUGAAAUAUUGUGCAAUGCUUGUGGUCUUUACUACAAACUUCAUCACAUUCAUCGACCCAUCUCACUUAAGCGUAAUGUGAUCCGCCGCAGAUCGCGU